ACUCCUGCACUUCUCUCCCUGGACCUUUACACAAACCUUUCACACAGAGUGAGAGUUGGGCUGAGCAGAAACACUUAGCGGGACUACUAGAGACUGUCUGUCGUGCAAAGUUCGCUCUCUUGGCAAAGUGAGCGCAGUUUUCUGGGAGAUGAGCCAAACUAACCGACAGUUAUCUGGUAGCAGGGAUUGGCCACAGGGGAAAAGCAGAAAGGAGGCAGGAGACGGUGCGAGCGCUCCCAGCAUGUCGCAGAAAAGUGAGGAAAGUCGGCUUUACUUGGUGAACACGAGGCGCAGAGAACCAGACAAUGCGGACGCAAACGUCUAUGGAUCCGGACGCAUACAUCCACAAAGCUGCAUCGUGGAGAAACACUCCCGUCAGACAGCUGCUGCUCCUCAGGAGUUGAUGAACACUGGCUGCCGAGUUGGCGACUCUUCCUCCUCCUGCGCCACAAUCUCAGAGACAACCAGGGAGCUGUGCAAGGCUGUGUCCGUGUCCCUGGGGCUCACCGUCGAGUCCACUGACACCAGCGACAUGGAUGCUGCUCUGCCCCCGUGUGCUGCCGCUGACCACAUCCGCGGAGAGGGUUUAUACGGAGCCGGAGCUGUGGCCCUGAGCUGCUCCGGAGCUCAGGCUGCCGCCGCCGGCUACAGGUGCCCGGACCGGGACGAGCGGCCCCUGCCUGGCCCGAAGCAACUGGUGGAAGUGUUCAAAAGUUCAGAGAGCGCUGCGCCCUUGCACCACUUCACCUCCGCUCGGACAUGUGUGGAAGAGUCAGACUUCAGCCUGUGUGAGCCUGAUGACACGACCCCAACGCGCCCAGCCUCUUGCCCUUACUCCGCGUCCGCGCCCGGCAGCCUGGCGCACUUCAGCCACACGGCACCGGCGAGGCCGUGCCGGGGCUACAAACCGCUGGACGAGGCGCGGGACGGCAUGGAGAGCAAGUUCUGCGGUUACCAGCCUGAACGGUACAGCGUCAAAGUGAAAUGUGAGGAGGGGGAGAGCACCGGGGCUCUGUGGCCCGGAGAUUACACCUUCAAUGACAAGUACAACUCUCAGCUGUGGGGCUCCAGACGCUGCGUAAAUGCGCGCGGCACCGAAGCGACCGGCGCGUUCAUAUGUAAUCCAUACGAGCGCAGCGUCACGCGCUCUGAGCAGUGGUACCCGGCCGGGAUGCUGAGGCCCACCUACCCCAACUCCAGCUACGUGAAGGCGGAGGUGGACGAAUGGAUGGAUGCCCCCUACAACGACACGAGGUUUGAGGCUGGCAGAGAGCACAUGUUCCCCAUGGAGUUCUUCUUUCCACCACAGAGGAUGUGCCUGAUCUGUUCAGACGAGGCGUCUGGCUGCCAUUACGGUGCACUCACCUGUGGCAGCUGCAAGGUUUUCUUCAAAAGAGCUGCAGAAGUAGGCAAACAGAAAUACUUGUGUGCAAGCAAAAAUGACUGUACCAUCGAUAAGCUAAGAAGAAAGAAUUGUCCUUCUUGUCGGCUGAGGAAGUGUUUUGAAGCUGGAAUGACUCUCGGAGCACGUAAACUUAAGAAGAUCGGACAGCAGAAAAACCCUGAAGAGGAUCAUCCUGUGCAGGACUCUGCAGAGGUCAUACAGAAUAUCUCUCCUAAGUCGGGCCUGAACUUGAACUCCCAGCUGGUCUUCCUCAACAUCCUGGAGUCCAUCGAGCCUGAGGUGGUGAACGCAGGACACGACUACGGCCAACCUGACUCAGCUGCCACCCUGCUCACCAGCCUCAACGAGCUGGGAGAGAGGCAACUGGUCAAAGUGGUCAAAUGGGCGAAAGGACUGCCAGGUUUUAGAAAUCUCCACGUGGACGACCAAAUGACUGUCAUUCAGCAUUCGUGGAUGGGGGUGAUGGUGUUUGCCCUGGGAUGGAGGUCCUAUAAGAACGUCAAUGGCAGGAUGCUUUACUUCGCCCCAGAUUUGGUGUUCAACGAGAAUCGGAUGCACAUCUCCACCAUGUACGAGCACUGCAUUCGGAUGAGGCAUCUCUCCCAGGAGUUUGUGCUGCUGCAGAUCACUCAGGAGGAGUUCCUGUGCAUGAAGGCCCUGCUCCUCUUCAGCAUUAUUCCAGUCGAGGGUCUGAAGAGUCAGAAGUACUUCGACGAGCUGCGUCUCACCUACAUCAACGAACUCGAUCGGCUCAUCAGCUAUCGAAUGACAACCAAUUGUUCUCAGCGGUUCUACCAACUCACCCGACUGCUGGACUCGCUCCAGAUGACGGUGAAGAAGCUCCAUCAGUUUACAUUUGACCUUUUCGUCCAGGCUCAGUCACUCCCCACACAGGUCAGCUUUCCAGAGAUGAUUGGAGAAAUAAUCUCAGUUCAUGUACCUCGGAUCCUGGCAGGUUUGGCUAAGCCCAUCUUGUUUCACCAGUAGACAGAUUUUUUUAUAUAAAAAAAUUACUACUCUGCUGCCUCCAUAAACUUUACCCAAGGCUUUGCACUGUUUUUCCCUCCAUGUCCAACCUAAUAGCACCAAGCUCUGUCCCAUAAUCAUAAUUUUAUUGCGCAAGCUUUUUUUUUCUCCUUUUAGCCAUAAUUGAGAUUGUUUGCUCUGAACUGAUAAAGCUUUUAUCUGCAGAGCUGCGAUUCAUCAACCUGUUGACAGCUCUGCUCUUUCAGACUGGAGGCUUGUGUUUUCAGCUCGGCACGAGAUGCUACUUUACAUAAGAAGCAAGUCUGUAAAUCAAUAUUACAGCAAGCGGAAAGCAUCAGGGUUAAAAACAUCAUGUUUUUGCAUGUGACCUCCAUUAUACAAACACUUGAGGAGGUACACAUAAAUAUUAAAAAAACUAGCAAAUGAGAGAUGGCCCACAGAGCAGGAGAGAAAUGGAUCAUCGUAAUAAACAGACACUUGUUCACCAAAAUCUGUUUUUAUAAACACUGCCUUCAGGUGCUGCAGAUGAAAUAGAAAGUGAUAAAUACAACUUAGAAGGACUGUAAAAGCCUUAAAUUAGAAACGUGCAUGUAUAAGAUUUAGUUUUUAUCAUUCACAAAAUUUUACUUGAACACAUUUUUUUUUAUUAAACUUCCUGAUAUAUGCACAGAGUCCUGAAAUCCCUGUGAGGUAUUAAAACCUGUUAAUAAACUGUUUAAUAAGUCAUUACUGAAAAUCAUUUGAUUGUUACAAUUCUAAACGUAGAGUAAAUGUAAAACAUUAGAUGUUUUAAAUCCAAUAGUAAAUAGUGAAAUUACAAACUGAGUAUGGGAACUCCAACAAGUAAUUACAUCACUGUUAUUAAGACUUAAGCACUCCAAUGCUUGUCAAUGAGGCGCAGGAAAAUAUCACUGAGUUGUAUUUACUACAUGCUUGGUUUGUCACUAGUGUGAUGGCAGAGGCAGCCGUAAUUUAUUUAUGUUUUUAACGUUUGACCUGUUGUAAAUAAAGAAUAUAUCUGCCAGAUUGUGCUCAUUCAUUGGUAAAAAAAAUCAGAGUUGAAAAAAUCACAAUUACAAUAAAGUCAAAGACUACUUUACCUUUUCUUUAAGAAAAAUGGUGGACAAGAUGAUAGGUCAUAUCAGAUUGUAGAACAGGUGGCUGCCAUCCAACCAAAAAUCAACAUUAAAGACAUGUCACUAUUCUAAAAUCAAAUAUCAUACAUCAUUUCUUAUUAGAUAGAGCAAAGUGUCAAAUUUGAUCCAAGUCACAAAAAAGACAGUCACUAAAUAUUAAACACUAUCUGUCUCCUGUAUGUGCGGCACAAUUGACAGGAAACCCACUCUUCACUGACACAACUUUUCUUUUCACAGUAAGUCUCUCUGAGCCAAAACAAUACAGAUAUCUUGAAAACAUACUUCAGGUUGACAGUCAUUUUGCAUUUCAAACCUUUUCUCGUCCAGUCUCCUGGAUCGGCCCCAUGAACCAGAUCCGCAUCAAAAUGUUAUGGGCUCUUCAUAGACACAUAUCGCAUCCUACCAGUUUUUGUGGAAAUCUGUCCAGUAAUUUCUGCGUAAUCUUGCUUAAAAACAAACAAAUGAACCAACAAACAGACAGGGGUGCAAAGACGGUAAAAUAAGCGAAGUUCACUCAUUUACAUACAUCCAUAAGGUGAUUCUAUAUAUGUGGCACAGCAGCCAGAUUGACCCCCCCCCCCCAUCAAUUUAUUUGUACAUUUACCAAAAAUUACUUUAAGAAAAGAAAGGAAGCCCUUCAGCCACUUACCACCGUUCCUCCCAGAAAACACGGUGUUGACAACGUCCUGCAGACAAACAGUGGUGCCAGAGAUCUCAGAUCAGUGCAGAGACCUUCCAACAGGACAAUAAAUAUAAACUCACAGCCAUCUUAAAACUGGAAGGCUCUGAAUGUGGAAAGCUAUGACAUCUGUUGCCAAACCUCAUAGAUAAAGUCCAAGAAUUAAAAAAAAAAACUGGAAUGCUUUGAUGAUAACUGAACACAGACACUCGAAGGGGGCUGAUGAAAAGGGUCACCAUUGAUCCAGGUGAACACAUUCAUAAUUUUGAUAUAAAUCAAGCUUGUAGAUAUGUCCAUCACUGCAGUGAGAGUAACUUAGACUGAAGUCUUACAGUAAAAGUGUCGUAGCAGAUUUAAACUUCUCUCCGAAUCCAGCUGCUGCGUUUAUGACAAUCCAACACCAACAAAUCUAACGACAAAUUUCUGUGGCUCCUUCUGCCUUGUCCAAUCAUUUUCAACAAUGUUUUAUAACUCUGUAAAUUCAACACUUUUUUAAAAGACAGUUUCUUUUACACGCCUGUAGAUGCAUGCACCAUGUGUAUAUCUGUCUUUGUAACUUUAAGCUUUACACAAAGCACUGCUCAGACAUCCAUGUGUUCCUCCAGUUACCUGUUUGUAUUCAGUGCUAUCUGAUAGCUGUCCCCUGCAUUGAACAAUAGCGAAACUAUCAGGAGGCAUGAAUGUGUUGUACAGUGACAAGUUGACAGUUUUCAUCCAUAAACGUUAGUGAAGCUUGUAAUUUACUUCAUCUGCACAGGUUUUCAUGUCUUUUUCUUGUCUUUUUUAUACAAUGUGAAAAGGGUGGAGUGGGGGGAGGAAAGGCGAUCGAGUCGCUACAGACAAGUACACUUCAUGCAUGAGUCUUGACCCCAAUGCACCUGCUAAUUAUAGCCCUGAAACUUGAUAAAAAUGUGUCUACUGUCAUUUGAGACGCUGUAGACAGACGUGUGAUUAAGACAGGAACCCAGAUUAAAUAUUAUUCAUUUGCAAAGGCAGUAACAUGAUUCGGAGCAUUGGUAUUUUAAAUAAGUGGAAAAUGCUUAAGUUUCAAUCAAAUGAUAAACAGAUAUUCUUCAAGACUUUUUACAUUUCCUGAAUGCACUAUGUUGAACAUCUGUUCUUAACAGUUACACUUUGUUUCUCUUCAGUCUUGAUAAUAAUACUGUCCUAAAUAAUGCAGUAGUUUGUUGCUAUUAAUCCUGUAUAGCUUUAUUAUGCAUUACACAGACUCUGAAGGCAUUACCAGUGACGGUGCCUCAUGCAUGUCAAUGAGCCACAUACUGUUGAUGCUCCUGUACAUUUUUGAAACGACUGAAUCACAGUAGGCUAGUGUGUUUUUGUUUGAUGUCAAUGGGCAGUAGCUGGUAUGUGCCCGCCGUACUGCAUAUGAAGCUCGUUCUUUGUACAUGAAACAGUAACUGUAUAUAUUGAUUUGUUUAACGUCUGUUUCGGUGUCUGGACACUUGACUUUUACAGUCAUCUCUUGUAUGAUUUAUACCUUUUGUGACCUGCUGUGUGUUUUUCAGAUAUGUGUUUUUUUCAAAAAGGUGUAAAGCUGCAUAAUCUUUUAAAAGCAAU